AUGGCUUCAGCAUCCGCCGUUUUGAAGCCACUCUUCGGCACUCUCGCAGGUAUUAUCGGAGUGUAUGCUGCCUUCAUCUGCCUCCUUACCGUUCCAACGCUACAGGACCAUGUCAUCUUCUUACAUAAAAUCGCUCUUACAUGGGGCCAAGAUGUAAACGUUCCAGAGCAAUGGGGGUUCCUGAGAAACCAAGUAACACCCUUUCAUCUAAAAACACCCGACGGAGAGACGUUACAUGCUUGGCACAUCCUGCCACUCGAGACUUAUCGAAAACAUCAGAAGGAGCUGCGCACAGAACCUACCGGACUUUGCGCCAACAUCGAGGAAAGGUUGUCGUUCAUGUUACUCAGGGACGACCCGACAGCGCAAUUGGUGGUCUACUUACAUGGAGCAGCUGGCACUCUUGGCUCAGGAUGGAGGCCUCAGAGUUAUCGAGCCUUGUCUGCGACUUCCACCAACGUACACAUCCUCGUCAUUGAUUACCGCGGUUUUGGAACUAGCACAGGAUGGCCUUCGGAAGAAGGCCUGUUGACUGAUGGCCAAACCCUUGUCAAAUUUGCGUUGGAGAAAGCUGGUGUUCCUCCUGAGAGGACAGUCAUAUUUGCCCAAUCCAUCGGUACUGCGGUUGCUAUUUCACUCACGCAUCAUUAUGCACUUCAAUCGCCACCAGUGCUCUUUGCCGGCACAGUACUGGUUGCGCCCUUUGCGGACGUAGCAAGUCUUACUCGCACGUACAAGGUUGCGGGAACCGUCCCUCUCUUAUCGCCUGUGGCUUUCUUCCCAAAGCUGCUGGCACUUCUCAAUCGGUUUAUCCUGACCAAGUUUCCAUCGAAGGAGAAGCUUGCUGAUAUCAUUCGCCACCUGGACAGCAUAAAGAUAGACGGCCGCCAAAGCAAGUACGAUAUCACACUCAUCCACGCUGAAGACGACUAUGACAUUCCAUGGAUACACUCGGACGUUCUUUUCUGGCAUGCGGUCAAUGCUACAAUAGAACCUUCUUCGCCAAUAACUUUUGAAAGUCUUGAAAAAAUCAAAGCUGAGCAAAAGACACCACUCGGAGCUGGAGGAUGGGAGAUGGAAUGGGAGGGGAAGGGCGGUAUCGUACGAGAACAGAUUAUAAAGCAUGGCUUGCACGAUCGAAUCAUGUCGUAUCCUGUCGCACAUUUGCACUGCGACAUCGAGAUACCUGCGGAACCGUACCAGUUAGCACUGCUAGUCGCAGCGCUUGUGGGUGUUAUGGCUGGAAAGUGUUUUCACAAGCGAAAGCCAGAGCUCGGCUGUGAGCUUGGACGCCUUUGCAGCUUCCGACGCGGUCCCAUAUCUCCUGAACUUCCCUUGAUCUUCAUCACAAUCCUGGAAGAUAUCCUUGAAGCACAUCUCCCGCUCUCACUAUCUAUCAUGGCGUCUGACAGUCCCGACAAGGCGGACUACAUCUACAAUUCGCAGCUUGAUGCAUUCACUCUGUACCACAUCUCCAAUGAGCAUCAUCACAGCGCUGUCGGCCCUGCGCUCCCAGCCCUCGGCCAUGCGACCUCUGGCGCAGCAGGAACCGCAAUUGCGAAGCUCGUAACCUACCCUCUCGAUCUCGUGAUUACCCGCCUUCAAGUUCAGAGGCAAUUGAAACGCGAUGGCAAGCAUGCGCACUAUACUGGGAUCUUAGAUGCGAUCGAGACCAUAUACGAGCGGGAAGGAGGCCUGAAAGCAUUCUACAGCGGUGUGACCCCUGAGGUGGUCAAGGGAGUCGCAGACAGCUUUCUGUUCUUCCUUGCAUAUUCGUAUGUGAGACAAUCAAGGCUGAAUGCGCGAGACACUGGGAAGCACCUGCCAGUUCUGGAAGAGAUCGGAGUGGGAGCUGUGGCCGGUGCCUUCUCCAAGUUUUGGACUACGCCUUUGCAACAAAUUGUCACGAGAAAGCAGACUGCAGCCAUGGUCCAUAACGACUCACGGACUGCUCCGAGCGCAAACACAGUUGACAUUGCGCGUGGCAUCUUGCGCGAGAAAGGCCUGCAAGGCUUCUGGUCAGGCUACUCGGCGAGUCUUGUUCUGACCCUGAACCCGUCCAUUACCAUGUUGCUUCACAAGGUUCUCCUACGCCUGCUCGUUCCAAGAGCGAAGCGAGACGACCCGGGUGCGCGCAUCACUUUCCUCGUUGCAGCUGUGAGCAAAGCUAUGGCAUCCACCGUCACAUACCCCUUCUCUCUAGCGAAAACCCGAGCCCAGGUGUCUUCACAGAAGCCAACGUCUGUUUCGGGCGAAACAUCAGAGACGGAGAAGCCGGGUGCAGAACGCGAUUCGAAAGCAGCUCGGGCAAGGCAACGAACAGUCUUCAGCACGAUUCUGCGCAUUGCCGAGACGGAGGGCAUCUCCGGUCUCUACCAAGGGCUUAGUGCAGAAGUUCUGAAAGGCUUCUUCUCGCAUGGUAUCACCAUGCUGAUGAAAGACCGCAUUCACACAGUCAUUAUCAGCCUGUAUUAUACGGUCUUGAAGUAUCUGCAAAAGUUCCCAAGCCCCGAAGAGCUGGCCAAGAGGGCUUCCGAAGAAGCUAAAGACUUGUACGAUCAUGGUAAAGAAAAAGCAGGCGAAGCGUACACGAAGGGCGUUGAGAUAGCGGAGCAGGCCACAGAGAAGGCCAAGGAAGUGGUCGCAGAGGGAUCCGAGCAGGCUUCGCACCUGUACGAGAGCGGCAAACAGCACGCCAGCGAUGCUUAUGCGAAGGGCACUGAGCUCUCACAUUUGGCUUCGUCCAAGGUUCAGGAAGUGGCGAAGACUGGCUCUGAACAGGCUGGGGGAGCCCUUCAGCAGGCCAAAAGUGCUGCCAGCGAUGCAUCUGAACGGGCUGCUGGUGCUGCAGAAACAGGAAGAGAUGCGGCAGCGAACGUUGGCCAGCGCGUCGACGAGGCUGUGAAAGAUGCCGACGUCAGAGACAUUAACGGUCCUGACACAGGCAUCAAGGAAUAA